AUGACAGCAGGGCGUGUGGUGGGUCGGGCACUGGCCGGCGUGGCGGCGCUGGGCUCGGCAGCGUUGGUGACGGGAGGUUUGAGCCCCGUCUUGAAUUGGUACAAUGAGCAGAGCAUCCGCGGUCAACUGGGAGCGCACAUUUACGCCUGGACAUGGAUGCGGGAGCGGCGUCUCGGCAUGAAGGUACAGCCACUGCGUGAUGAACUGGUGCUCGAACUGCGUGCCAUGGCACAACGACUGGGUUUGCAUAGCUUGGAGCAAUUGCACGUGGCUGUGGUUCCGCAUCGCACAGGCUUUUUCGCAGCUUCGGCGGGCUCGUUUUGGUUUGGCGAGCAUCAGUACCUGGUUAUUCCCGAGUCACUCGUGCUCAACUACACGCUGAGCCGAGUGCGUGUCGAGGAUCCCUUUGAGUCGACCGACGCAGCCCUGGCCCCCUUUCACCCGGAUGCGUACUACAACACGGUGCUGCAACCACCUGAUCGUUACGUUCUGGCGCACGAAAUGGCCCACCUGGCUUGCAACCACCAUAUUAAGCGGCAGGGCCUGCAGUUACUUUUAGGUGGCUUGCUGGUGGCAGUGGCGCCCCUCUUGCGCUUUGGACUCGGCUUGCGCGUGGGCGUGGCUGGUUUGGCGCCCGUCCUGGGCCUGCCAGGUGCCUUUUUCAGUCUGCAAGCCUACGCUCGACGUCAGGAGCUCGAGGCCGAUCAAAUGGCGGCAGCAGCGGGUUAUGGCCAUGGGGCGCUGCAGUUUUGGGCCGAGCAGCUGGCCGACCCAGCGGUCUGCUCAGGGUUUUUUGGCAGCCCGUUUGUGGUUAGAAGCGCCCCUUGCUGCCACCUGACGCCCGCCUUACGCUUUGUUGUCCCAAACUACAGCAUCAACGAACCGUCCGCCAUGAGUGUUGCGAAUACGCCCGUGCCCGCCGCCGAGGCUGCGGCCGCGGCCCCCAGUGACACCCUGAUUGCUGUCAAAAAUUUUGCCGCCGGAUCGGUGGCCGGUUUUGCCUGCAAACUCGUUGAGUUUCCCUUUGAUACCGUCAAAGUCAUGCUGCAAACCCAAGGCAAACGCUUCAGCGGGCCGAUCGACUGCAUCAAGACCACCAUCGCUCACAAGGGUGUCUUUUCGCUCUAUCGCGGCUUGACCACGCCCCUGCUGGGCUCCAUGGCCGAAAAUGCCGUGCUCUUCUCGAGCUACAAAACCACUGUCGCCAAGCUGGACCGCAACGGCAUGGCCGAUGGCAUCUUUCGUUCGGCACUCGGCGGCUUGGCAGCCGGUAUCGGUGUCUCUUUUGUUCUCACCCCAGUGGAACUCAUCAAGUGCAAGCUCCAGAUUCAAUCAGUUCCUGGAAAUCCGCAAAUUUACCGCGGCCCUUGGCAUUGUAUCACCCAGACGGUGCGCACUGAAGGCGUCAUCGGCGGCCUCUACCGAGGUCAUCUGGCCACACUCAUGCGUGAGGCUCCUGGCAACAUGGCCUGGUACACCGUCUAUGAGACACUGUGCCGUUAUUUCACGCCCGAAGGCAAAACGCGCGAUGACAUCCCAGGCUGGAAGGUUGCGAUGGCUGGUGGCAUGAGUGGCAUGGCCUAUUGGACGGCGUUUUAUCCUGCUGAUACGGUCAAAUCUCAGCAGCAGACCAACCCUGCCAUCCGUGGCCAAGGGUUUGGAACCGUCUUUAUGCACAUUCUCCGCACAGAAGGAGCGCGUGGCCUUUACAAGGGCUGGGCCAUCACCGUGGGUCGCGCCAUGCCUUCCAACGCUGUCCUCUUCUUUGUCUAUGAGUUGGUGGCCAAGGUUCUGCGAUAGGCUGCAAACAGGCGUGGCCGACCAAGUGUUUCAGCCCCUUGCCCGGUUUUUAGAUGGUCAGCUUUGAUGGGCGCACAAGACACCCAUCUGUUUGUCCAAGGCGUGCACUUCCCCCAUUGACGUUGAUGCGCGCGUGUUUGGUAGUCGAGUGGUUUGAAUGUU